AUGGAAGUCGCCGGCGGCAAACGAAAGCGCGCGGCCUCCUCCGAUGCAGGCGCAGGUGACGGCACGGACUGCCUGAGCAACCUUCCGGACUGCCUCCUCCACGGCAUCCUCUCGCAGCUCCGGUCCCGGCAGGCCGUGCAGACGUGCGCCCUGUCGCGGCGGUGGCGCCAGCUCUGGCGCGCCGUCCCCUGCGUCGACAUCGACGCCGCGGACUUCCUGGUCCAAGUCGAUGGGAAUCCCACGAUUGUUGUCUCCGAUCCAUCGGAUCACGAGACUGAGGCGGCGCUGGCCAGGCUGGAGGAUUUCGCCGACAGUCUGCUGUCCCACCGCAGCCUCUCCGCCGCCUUCAUGCCGGGGUCGGCGUUGGACACCCUGCGCCUGCGCAUCCAUCGCCAGGAUACAGGAGGCCCACGCAGCAGCACCGGCACGGCGAUGCUCAGCAGGUGGAUUCGCCGCGGCCUGAGGCUGUCGCCGGCGGAGCUCGACGUGACCGUCGACGGCGGCCCGAUCAAGCUACCCUCCCUCUUCUCCUCUGCUGGCGGCCGCCGCAUCACCAAGCUCCGCCUUGACAACGUGCUCCUCCACAGGGACGCCGAGGGCCUCCUCGGCUCUGGCGGGCUCCCCGCCCUUGAGGACCUGGAGCUCAGUAACGUCGUCCUCCUGCCCGGGGUGUCGGUGAUCGCGUCGGACACGCUCAGGACCCUCACCGUCGUCGACGCGUCCCGGCAAAGUGGACUAAGGCGCAGGAGCAUCAUCCGCAUCGUCGCACCUCGCCUGGCAUCGCUGAGGCUCGAGUUCCGGCUCGCCCGCCUCACCACGGUUAGUUUCACCGUAGACGAGGCAUCAUCCUCCUGUCUCGCCCACGCAUCCCUCCGCGUACUGGACAUCGGCGAGCCUCGGCAAGACGACGACGACCACGACGACGACAGCGACGGCGAUGAUUCUGGCGGCGACGAACUACAAUGUCGCCGCGACCGAGCUUCUGCAGGCGGUGCUGGAUGA